AGAUAUAAUAUGACUUCAAAUAAUUUUACAAUUACUAAUUAUAUAUUUAAUGGCUAUUCUGAAACAGAUUAAUACAUAUUAUAAUUAUCUAAUUGCAAUAUCACAAUAAACAAUCAUAAUGUAUAAUUUAUUAUUAAAGUAGGUAACCUUAAAUAAAUCAGGGUUUUUUCAAGACAAUUCUCAAUCCUAAUAGAUAUCAUUAUAUUAAAAUAUGGUUGGAACAAAAUAUUUAAAUGAAGAAUUAAGUCUUCGACUCUCAUAAAAUGGAUAUAGUUUAUAAAGUUUUAUUAAUGAGAAUUUUGCAUCCCAUUAUUAGAAUAUUAUUAAUCUCCAAAAAGCAUAAAACUCUAAAAGUGAAUUAACAGCUAAAAUAUUAAAACAAAAAGAAGUGAAUAGAAAAAAAUAUACUUUAAGUAUAAGAUUAGAUUGAGU